GAGCAGGAGUACCAGAAGACCCCCGCGUCUCCCCCCAGCCCUGACUCCAAGCCUCUGGACCUGACCUCCCUGUCCAGCGAAGAAGAGGAUGGCAAGACCACCUCCGACCCGCCCAGCCCGGUCUCCUCUGCCACCGAGGCCGAGAAAUUCCACUGCAGCCAGUGCAGCAAAUCCUACUCGACCUUUGCCGGCCUUUCUAAGCACAGACAGUUGCACUGUGACUCCCAGGCCAGGAAAUCUUUCAGCUGCAAGUACUGUGAGAAGGAAUACGUCAGCCUGGGAGCGCUCAAGAUGCACAUCCGAAGCCAUACCCUGCCUUGCGUCUGCAAGAUCUGUGGCAAGGCUUUCUCCAGGCCGUGGUUGCUGCAGGGCCACAUCAGA